AUGGCAGUCGAAGCGGCCGCCGCACAGGGCGCAAACGGCGGCGCACCGCAACUCUCCUUCCCGCGCGACAUCUUCGCCGCCCUCUCGCCCGCGCCUUUCCUCCUCGCCCACCUCGAUGCCGCAUCCGACAGCAGUACCAAGCAAAAAACCACCGCCACCGCCGCCUCGACCACCCGACCCAACGGGCGCACGCCGACCGAAUACCGCGUGCCGACCAUCAACACGGGCUCGCUGUCGCACUGCAACGGCAGCGCCGUGGUGCGCGUGGGCGACACGGCCGUCGUGUGCGGCGUGCGGGCCGAGAUCCUGAAGGCCGACGACGUGCCGAACCCGCCGCGGUACGAAGGGCUGGUGGACAUCACGGACGUGCAGGAUGACGAGGAUAGUGAGGAAGCGUUGGACGACAGGGAGGAGCUGGAGCGCCUGGGGCUGCUGGUGCCGAACGUCGAGCUGGCGACGGGCGCGACGCCCGCGCUGAUGCCGGGCCAGCCGCCGUCGGCGCAGGCGCAGGCGCUGACGAGCCGGCUGCUAGGAGCGCUACACGCGGCGAGGGUGGUGAGGGCGAGGGAUUUGAGGAUCACGUACCUGCCGCCGAGGACGGACGACGAGGGCAUGGAGGAUGAAGAGGAAGAGACGGGCAGGAGGGAGGUCAAGGCGUAUUGGGCGCUGUAUGUGGACGUGCUGUUCAUCAGCCUGGAUGGCAACGCGUGGGACGCCGCGUGGGCCGCUGUCGUCGCGGCGCUGAGGGACACCGUCUUGCCCCGCGCGUGGUGGGAUGCGGAUAUGGCGGCGGUGUUGUGCUCAGACCGUGUGGGAGAGGCGAGGGGGCUGCGGUUGAGGGGUCAGCCCGUGGCGCUGACUUGCGCCGUCUUCGAGCCCGGAAAGGGGAGGGCCGUCGGGGCGCCGAAGGUGUUGGGUGUUGGUGGGGACAGCGGGAAGGCUGCGGAGGAGCAGGAGAGGGCGUGGGUGUUGGCCGAUCCUGAUGCGUUCGAGGAGGCAAACUGCCAAGAGACGGUCAGCGUGCUGGUGGAUGCGGUGGAUGGGCAGUGUGUGCUGCAUGGCAUUGAGAAGAGCGGCGGUGGUGUUGUGAGCAGAGAUGUUCUCCGUGGUGUGGUGCAGCUGGCCGAGGAAAGAUGGAAGUCUUGGGACAAGGCGUUCAACGAGACUGGCGGCAACAGCUGA